AUGCACUGGGCCGAGAGUCCUAACGUCGUCUUCGUCCGCGACUUCGCGUACCCGCGUCCACAGCGCCGCCGCCUGCGCACCAUGACCUCCGCCGGCGACGUCGCCAACACUCCAGCCCACGCCUUCGCAGAGUACGUCCUCGCUCCGUCGCUGCCCGGCGGCUGCCCUCCUGCCCUUGCCACCCAGCUCGGCAGCGAUGAUGCGCCGCCACGCCCACGGCCCGCCCUGCCCUACCGCAUCAAUUCGCAUCGACUGCGCGUGCAAGCCCAUGCUAAAAACGAGCGCGCCAGGCUCCUCUCCGGCCCGCUUGUCGACGUUGUCGUCGGCGCCGGUGACGGCAAGCGUCAAUGGUCCAUCCAUCGCAACCUGCUGUCCUACCACUCUGACUACCUCGCCUCCGAGCUACAGACCGACGACGCCACCAAGAACGAGGCCGGGAACAAGCUGGAGCUGUCCGACGACAAUCCCAAGGGCUUCGAGCUCUUUGUCAAGUGGCUCUACCAGGGCAAGCUUGACGACGUGAGCGAUGUGUCCGGCGCUGAGGCCAAGUACGAUUACGCCGUCGCUUGCCAUAGGCUGUUCAUGCUCUGCGAGCGUUUCGAUAUGCCCCACCUGAAGAAUAUGGCCAUGGACCAGUACCGGAAGGGCUUGCACGAGGCACGACUGGUGCCAGACGCGGAUGAGAUCAAUGACAUUUACAAGGACAGUCCGGAAGGCUCGCCAUUUCGCACCUUGAUGACUCGCAUCGCUGCCCGACAGAUCAUGGACCCCGACAGCGACAGAGACGCCGAGGGAUACCGCGACUGCUUUGCCGCCAGCCCCGACUUUGCUGUGGAUCUUGUUAAUGCCAUAAAAUCAGGCUCUGGCGGCUUUCUUUUCGACGAUCCCACGGCUGGCGAUGACUGCCAGUAUCACGAUCACGAGCACGGGCCCAGUUGUUACGGCAAAGGCAAAGGCUCGGACGACUCCCCCAGGAUGAGUUUGGUCGAUGCUCCCGCACCCACGACCUUCCUGCGGGAGUCUCCCAUGCUCGUAUGA